AUGGCGCGUCCGGCGGUGAUCCCCGCUGCACAGCAGGGUCGGGCCGUCGUGUCAGCCGUUCGAGACAACACUCGGCCCGAGCCUAAUCCAUCCAAGCGAUCCUACAAAGACGCACUGAGCCAGCCUCCUCCUCCAGAAUACGACAAUACUACGAUCAUCCAGAACAAACCAAAGCAGCAAGUUAAUCCCACCCCGUGCACCUCCCAUGAAAGUCAGACUUCCACCAUCAAAGCCACAGAAGGGACCAGUCGGCCGCCCUCCCCCGAAACCGAUGAAACAAGCACCUACAUCGCCCGCACUGACUCAGACCUGAUCCCAGCCCUCCGGCUAAUCUCUGACUCUGUUGCCCAACAGCGCCAGCUCGCCGCGCGGUCCCUCAUCUUGCACCCAAUUGUCUGGGCACCGAUGCUCCUCUGCAUUCCAUACCUCCUCGUCGAAAGAGCCCACGACUCCUCGGAGUGGCUCGUGGUUGUAAUCACAAUGGCCUGCAUCACGACCUUCAUCAUGACAGUUAUCAAGAUCAUCGUGAACGGAUACAUCGAGGCCGCAGAGCGUGUCGGGCGCUGGAGUUGGCUUUAUGGGGAUCGAUGGAUUCAGAACCGGUUUCGCAAGACUCGUCAGGCUGAGCAAGGUAUAGGCUGGAAUGCGCUCAGCACUAAAGCGGAUCACGUCUUCAUUACGAAGCUCGGCGAGGAAGUGAUUGCUGCUAUCGUGAUUCGCAUUGUGGAUACUUGGGAUCGUGAUCCGGAUAAGGAUGAAUCGGCUCGGUCAUCGGAGUUCGGGAGUACGUAUCUUCGGAAGAAGAUCUGCAUUCGUGCGUGGACUGUUAAACAGCGCUAUCGCGGUCAGGGAAUUGGCCUUGCGCUUCUGAGAUUUGUCAUUCGCUGGGCUCUGGAUUCUGAUCUUGAGUAUAUGGUGUUCGCGCAUGAUCAUGCCCACUCGCUGCGUGUGCUUCCAACCUUCUUGAAUAAGAGGAUGGAUAAGCAGGACGCGCGUGCUCAGGAUACGCUUUACUGGGAGAUGAAGCAUUACUCGACUCCCUGGCAUCAGGAACAGCAUGAGGAGCAGAAGAUGGUCUUUCAGGUUGCUGAUGCCAAGGCUGUUGACACCAAGGAGACUGACUCUGGCCCGAAUCAGUACUGGAAAUCAAGCCAGCAGAAGGGAUUUAAUGCUACCCGUGGGCGCCUUAAGGCUAGGAGUACGGUUAGCGAGAUCCUCGAUGAUUCACUCGAGAGGAUCACCACCGUGCGGCCUUCGCGUUUGCGCUGGGCUGAUCCGAAUACCGAGUAUGACUUCGACGACUCUGACAGAGACUCUGCACACCCUGACGCGGAAUCCGGGCAAUCUAAACUAGGCUGGGGAACUUCAUCUUCAUACGGUGAAACGCCGAGCAAAGAGGUGAGUGACCAACAGACCAUCAACGACCAGUACAUGCGCGACAUGUGGGAAGAGCGCAAAAGUGAUCCAAAGACAGACUCGCUCGAGAGUUGGGGACACCAGAUUAAGCGUUGUGUCGACCCUUUCAGUCAGACUGACCGUCAUACUUCUUAUGAUCACCACGACAACGCUUGGGGUAACCGAUCCAUGUCUUGUGAUAUCAGAGACAAUUCAUCGGGCAACCGAGCCAGUUCUUGGGGAUCCGUUUCUGGCCAGGGAGCCGAGAGUCUAGUACCCACGGAGACGACAACCCGGAGCGAUGAAUGGGAAAGGGGAGUGCACUGGGCCCCCUGGAAUCCGACAAUUACCAGUCCAGCAUCCAAUUACACCCCCAACCGGAGCACCCACGACCAGGCAAACGGCUGGGGGGAACCAUCUGCUCCAACCCCCCAACCACGGGCUGAACAACCUAGAGAAGAAAUCUUUCGACGAAGCUUCAACAAAGCACCCGAUCGCCUACGCCACUUCUCUUGUGAAUCAUGCGGCUGUACCGUGACUACGAAUGACCGGAUCAACAUGGCGGAUGUGAGUCCUCCGGGUGUCUGGUUUGAUCGUGAAUCGCGUCUCUGUGCAUCAUGCGGUCUGCGUCGGAUUCGUCAAUCAAUUGAUCGGCUGGAACAUCCUGCGCAUGGUGAUGACAAGCCAAAGGCUAUUUUGUGA